UACAAUCGUGGGACAUUCUUUGCCGGUAUGAAUACUACUGGACGUAGUGAGGGUGUCAAUUCAUUUUUUGAUGUUUUUGUUACUUCCACAACAAAUCUUAAAGAAUUUGUUGUCAAGUAUGACCAAGCCUUGAAAAGGAUUGUGAAAAGGGAAAGUGAUGAAGAUUUAAAGUCUGAGCAUAAGUUUCGAAUUGUGAAGGACAAUGAAUUUUUGUUGAAGCAUGCGGCAAAAGUUUAUACUAGAAACAUCUUCAACAAGUUCAAGGAUGAAAUUAGUGAAGCCUUUAAUUACAAAGUUGAAGAGAUGACAAAUGCCGAUGGAUUUCAAUCGUUCGUGGUGAAGUCCAAAGUUAAUGAACUUCAAAAGUUCACCGUGACAUUGGAUUCGCAAACCUACGAAGGUAUGUGUGAAUGUCAAUACUUUGAGUUUGUUGGUAUAUUGUGCAGACACAUUUUGAAAGUGUUUGUCCGACUUGACAUUGAUGCAAUACCGGAUCAUUUUAUUCUUCCACGAUGGAGGCAAAAGGCCAACAAAUUUAGGAUAAUAGAUUCUGAAGGUUUGGUGCAUGACGAUGGGAAAGAAGAAUCCGAGGCGUUAAGACUUAGUCAUAUGUGUCAAGAAUCUACCAAAUUGGCUUGUUUGGCUGCCCCAUCAUAUGAGAGUUACAAAAUUUACAUUGAAGCUAUGAAUGAUCUAUCCGAGAAGCUCCUAAAAAUUUCAUCUUAUGUGCCUCCUCCAAUCAAUGUUUGCCAUGAAAAGGAUGAUUUACAUUCCACCGAGCGAACUCAAAUAUUGCUUUUGGAUCCGAACAUCUCGCAAACUAAGGGUAGGAAAAAAGAUGUGAAGGGAAAAGAUGCUACUAUACACUCCGGAAGAUUGAAAAGCGGUAUAGAGUUGGGAUUAAACAAGAAGAAAAGAAAGUGUAACUUGUGCGAAGGGAUCGAACAUGAUAAGAGAACUUGUCCUGAGAAUCCGAUGAGUAAAGCUAACAAAGCCUUAGAAACAGAAGCACAAUCGUCUGAUAGUGACCAAGAGAUGAUGUAAUGAGAAUAUGGUAAUCGAAAACUUGCUUAACCUUCUUGAUGUUUUCGCUAAUUAUGUUCCAUGCACAAUCUUUACUUAAUUAAAGUAACCUUGUGUUUUGUACAGGGCAAAGCAUCUUGAUGCCAAAGGAUUGCUUUGAAUGAUCAUGGAGUCUUUUUGGAUAUUUGCUCAUGGAGUUUAUGUACCUUUUUUUAAUUUAAUGAUGGAAAACUCGAUUUUUGGGAACUUUUGGAUGUUAUUUUUGUGUAGUAAGGGUGGACCAACGCUAGAUCUAUUUUGCCGAAUCAUGUUUUUGUUUGCAUAGUUGACUUUGUUGUUAACGUACAGGAUUGUUCAA